CUCACUCCUAUCCUUUUAGAUAAGCCCAUUAUGCCUUUAACACCAUCCAACUUCUUCCUCACAAUCCUACUCAUUCUUCAUCACCAAUUCUUCUUGUAGACAAAAACACAAUGGCUUGUGCUUCUUCUGCCAUUGCAGCUGUUGCUUUCUCUUCUCCAAGUUCACAGAAGAGUGUUGGAUCAACAAAGGCUUCUUUUCUUGGUGGGAAGAAGUUGAGAGUUAGCAAGGUGGGUGCACCGUCCGGUUCACGAUCAUUCGGAACCGUGUGCGUUGCGGCUGACCCCGAUAGACCCAUUUGGUUCCCUGGCAGCACUCCACCAGAAUGGCUCGAUGGCAGCCUUCCCGGAGACUUUGGUUUUGAUCCUCUUGGCCUAGGAUCGGAUCCCGAGACUUUGAGAUGGAACGUACAAGCGGAACUUGUACAUUGCAGAUGGGCAAUGUUAGGAGCAGCCGGGAUUUUCAUCCCGGAAUUCCUAACAAAAAUCGGAAUCUUAAACACUCCAUCAUGGUACACUGCUGGUGAACAAGAAUACUUCACCGACAAAACCACACUCUUCAUCAUUGAGCUUAUUUUCAUCGGUUGGGCCGAAGGAAGAAGAUGGGCCGACAUCAUCAAACCUGGGUGUGUUAACACUGACCCCAUCUUCCCUAACAACAAGCUGACCGGGACAGAUGUCGGGUACCCAGGUGGGCUAUGGUUCGACCCACUCGGGUGGGGAACCGGCUCGCCUGCAAAACUCAAAGAAUUGAGGACAAAGGAGAUCAAGAAUGGAAGACUGGCUAUGUUGGCUGUGAUGGGUGCAUGGUUCCAAGCCAUCUACACUGGAACCGGACCCAUUGACAACUUGUUUGCUCACCUUGCUGACCCGGGUCACGCCACCAUCUUCGCUGCAUUCAAGGGCUAAGCAUGCAUAUGGAGGAAUUUAAAGAGUUUUUGGCAAGUGGUGUUUGUGUGUCAUUAGAAAUUGUAUCUUCAUCUUAAUUUACUGUAGAGAAGUUUUAAUGCAAUGUACAAAUACCUCUUAAUUUCAACUCUUAAUGUUGCAUAUAUA